UGGGUGAUGCGUGUUGUCUCCGGAGUGGGCGCAAACCCCAGCCGUGAGAGCCGCCUAGAGGGUAUGAAGGCUGGGAACUGACUGCAUGCAUCGACCCCGCGCCUUCAUCCCAACGCCUGGAGAAAACCUUGGCUUUGCCAGAGCUCCUGAUACCACCGGGCUCAGCAAAGGAGAUACCUUUCUCCGUUCCCCUCCCAAUCCAAGCACUCUUGGUUCUGACGACGCCAAGAGACUUGAGUGGGUGCUACAGCCCCCAAGAGCGGGCAGCAGGUGUUCAGGGAGGGCCGCCAGGUUCCUGACGACCUUCGGGUCCAGCACAGGUCCCGACCCCUCCUCGGAGCCCGCUGUCCCGCGCCGCUGGAGACCGUGCUUCUCCACAGCAUGGCCCUCAGCGCGGACGAUCCGCUGCAGCCGAGCCUGCUGUCCACCCAGCAGACCACGCUCCUGCUGCUGCUCUCGGUGCUGGCCGCCGUGCACGUGGGUCAGUGGCUGCUGAGGCAGCGGCGGCAGCCCUGGUCCUCGCCCCCAGGCCCUUUCCCGUGGCCGCUGAUCGGAAACGUGUCCGAGGUGGGCCGGGCGUCUCACCUGUCCUUCGCACGCCUGGCGCAACGCUACGGCGACGUCUUCCAGAUCCGCCUGGGCAACUGUCCCGUGGUGGUGCUGAACGGAGAGAGCGCCAUCCACCAGGCCCUGGUGCAGCAGGGCGCCGCCUUCGCUGACCGGCCGCGCUUCGCGUCCUUCCGCGUGGUGUCUGGUGGCCGCAGCGUGGCUUUCAGCCCCUACUCGGAGGACUGGAAGGCGCAGCGGCGCGCGGCGUUCAGCAUCAUGCGCGCCUUCUCCACGCGCCAGCCGCGCAGCCGCCGCAUCCUUGAGGGCCACGUGCUGGGCGAGGCGCGAGAGCUGGUGGCGGUUCUCGCGCGCGGCAGCGCGGGCGGAGCCGGCCUCGACCCGACGCAGCCGAUCAUCGUGGCGGUGGCCAACGUGAUGAGCGCGGUGUGCUUCGGCUGCCGCUACCACCACGACGACGCCGAGUUCCUGGAGCUGCUGAGCCACAACGAGGAGUUCGGGCGCACGGUGGGCGCGGGCAGCUUGGUGGACGUGAUGCCCUGGCUGCAGCUCUUCCCCAACCCGGUGCGCACCACCUUCCGCCAGUUCCAGCAGCUCAACCGCAAUUUCAGCAACUUCGUCUUUGACAAGUUUCGGGGGCACUGCGAAAGCCUGCGACCUGGGGCCGCCCCGCGCGACAUGAUGGACGCCUUCAUCCUCUCCAGCGAAAGGAAGGCCGCCGAGGGCUCCAGCGAGGUCGGGGCGCGGCUGGACAUGGAGAACGUGCCGGGCACCAUCACCGAUAUUUUCGGCGCCAGCCAGGACACCCUCUCCACCGCGCUGUUGUGGCUGCUCAUCCUUUUCACCAGAUAUCCCGACGUGCAGGCUCGAGUGCAGGCUGAAUUGGAUCAGGUUGUGGGAAGGGACCGUCUUCCCUGUAUGAGUGACCAACCCAACCUGCCGUACGUCAUGGCCUUUCUUUAUGAAACCAUGCGAUUCUCCAGCUUUGUACCUGUUACUAUUCCUCAUGCGACUACUGACAAUGCCUUUGUCUUGGGCUACUACAUCCCUAAGAACACGGUGAUUUUUGUUAACCAGUGGUCUGUGAAUCAUGACCCAGUGAAGUGGCCUAACCCAGAGGACUUCGAUCCAGCCCGAUUCUUGGACAAGGAUGGCUUCAUCAACAAGGACCUGGCAAGUAGCGUGAUGAUUUUUUCAGUGGGCAAACGGCGGUGCAUUGGGGAAGAGCUGUCCAAGAUGCUGAUGUUUCUCUUCAUUUCCAUCCUAGCUCAUCAGUGCAAUUUCAAGGUCAGCCAAAAUGAGCCCUCAAAAAUGAGUUUCAGUUACGGCCUGACCAUUAAGCCCAAGUCCUUUAAAAUCCAUGUUUCUCUCAGAGAGUCCAUGGAGCUCCUUGAUAAUGCUGUCCAAAAGUUGCAAGACGAGGAAGCUUGCCAGUGAGAAGCCAGAGGCAAGCUGAUGUUUUAGAAGUGUUUCAGUCUUGGAGAAUAGGAAGGAAAACUCAGAAUUUGUUUUAGUUCCUCUUAGGUGCCACUAAUCAGCCUCUAUGGUGGGCAUAAAUUAAGUGGCUUACAGAUGAGGUGUGUUUCACACUGAAUAGCUCCUCAUAAGCCCUGGACUCUGCAGGAGCUUUGGAAGAUUUUUUGAGUCAAAUAAUUUGAGGGCCCAUGGAAUUUUUAUAUAUUACUAGAUCCUGGUAAUAAUUUCUUAAGAGGCAUUCUUUGGAAUUAAACCCUACCACCACCACACACAUGCACAUACAGGUAGCUAAUGAAGGAGUAUUUCAGUAACUGUCUUUUUAGGUGGAGCCAAGAUUGAGUGUGCAUGUGCAGAAAUAUACUCCACAAAAAAUUGUACUAAGCAGUGUUUCAGAAAAUAAUGAAGAUGCAAAGGCAAAUAAUUUCAAUGUAAGACAUGAUUGGGAGUGACAAAGGAAAAGGAUAGAGACCAAAAAUUACCUUCCCACCUUUUCGGUAAAACAGCUUCGCUAGAUUGUAGCUAUUUGGGUGGACUUUCUUUUUGUCUACUGAUGUGCUUUCCCUACUUUAGCAUGAAUCAAAAAGUCAGCUGUUCAAAAGGAAAUUAACAGUCCGUAUAAUAAUUGUGAGUUUCAGACAUGUAUUAUGAAUUUUAAAGUGCCAAUUCAAUUAUCGUAGUGAGUUUCAGAGAUUUAUCAUGAAUUUUAAAGUGACCAUUGUGAAACUAAAAUUCCAAGCUGAAACUGUACUUCUCUUGAUUGCCAAACUAUAGUAUUUCAAUUAUGAGGGCAAAAAAAUUUGCCAGUCCAGCUCUUGAUAUGUGAUUAUGUGUACUCAUUACAGUAAGUUUCAUGGGCUAAAAAAACUUAUGUCACCAAAUAGUAUUAAGUAUGUGUAUUAUAUACAUAUUUGUUAUAUAAUGCAGUGUGUUACUAUCAAUUAUUUUCACUAGGAAAAGCUUCAAUAAUAUAUGUCUUGCAUACCAUUGUACAUAAAAAAGUAGAGCCAGUCCAGUGACAUGUGGUCCAAGUACAUGAAAUGAACCACCUAAUUUUGACAUCAUGAAAACCAAGGCAAAGCAAAAGAUCUUUCCUUAUCCAAGUUUUGCAAUGGACAAAUCUCAAAAUUAUGUCAGUUAAAUGUUCAUAUUUGUUAUUUAAAUUAAAAUUAUAUUUAUAAUACAAGUUCUUCUUUGGCAAUUGGCCCGAUCAAUGUGUUAAAAUUCCAAACUCUUGCAUGUGUAAAUUUAAAUUUAAUUUAAAAUCCAAUCUGAUUAUUGAGUGCCAGUUGAAGCCAGCGGAAAUCUAACUAAUGUCCUGUAGAAGGCAAGACAGCUAACCAGGGCAAUAGUGAAAAAUGCCACGUAUGAUCUGGCUUUUCUCUUCACUGAGUAAUGGCAGGGGGAGUGGACUCCCAUUAUAGCUGGCUGGUUUCUCUUUUAAAUGAUUAACAAAAGUUCAGCAUUAAUGUCUGUUUUUAAAUGUCAGAAUCAGAACAUCCUUUCGGAGGUUGUUUUAUGAAUGGAAUUGUAAGACAGUGGACGGGUCAGAUUAGGUGUUAUUUGGGAGCUAUUAGUUUGGUAAUUCAGAAAUAAAGCUGGAACAAAAUGUGUGUAUCUGGAUUAUAGAAAUAACUUGAAAACCUUUCAGAGAAGUGAUGGAAGAGUGCAAAAAUACAAAGGGAGGUUCCAUAUUUUUAUUUUCAUUGCAACUCAGCUCCCAAAAGAAGUCCUACAGGGUCCUGAGAGCACAUUGCUUGCUGUUUUAUUAAGAUUUUUGGAAUUUUUGUAUCAAUAUUACCAAGGAAGGAGUGUAUGGUGGUUUUGUAUGUGGGUGGUCAGGCAAAAGAAGGGCAGAAUGAAAAGGAAGAAGGAUGACUAAGUAUUUUCCUACCCAUUCCAAAUUAAUUUAACUGAAGUGCAAGAUUUGAAGCAUGCACAUUUAGAAAAAAGUUGUUUGGUGUGCCAGUGUUGAAUCUCAAGUAGAUUUCUAAAAAAUCCACAACAUAGCAGAAGUAUUUCAUAGUUUGGAAUACUGACUUAAUAAACAUUUCAUCUAAUUUUAUUUUUUAAUAUUUCAUAGUUUUACCUUUUGAAUAUGAAAAAUUAUGCCAAUAUUUUAAAGACAUUAAAGUCAAUGAUAGAAAUGAGACUUAGCCAAUGCAUAUAAGUUUUUUAGGCACUGGCUAGUCCAAAAUGUUAUGGCUUACAGUGAUGUUGGGCUCCUAUAGCUUAUUUACUCUGAAAGAUCUUUGUAAUAGCAAAAGUAAUCAUGUACCAAUCUGGAUGCCUCAUUCAUCAACAAGUUCAGAGGUGCUAUAAUCUGUUUUUAUGUACAUAGGUUUGACUAUCAUCUGAUGUUUGAGGCAAAGAGAAAGCUGUGCUUAAAUGGGAAGAAGCAGGUGGGUGCGUGGAGGUUACCUGGGUUACUGAGUAUGUUUAUCAGUCAAAGGAAGAAAAAUAAAACCAAAUAUAAAAAAUCCAAACGUUUAGGCUGCAGUAAUUGGAUUACUGGCUUAAUCAGAAAAGUUUUUAUUUUUCUCCCAGAGAUAGACCGUAUUUACUGAUCACCACUAAAGUCAGAACAUCUAUUUCAUGUUAUCACAAUAGUUGAAGUAUAUUGUUUAUUAUAUACAUCAUUUAUAUUUUAAGGCUUUGACUGUUCAAGAAAAGUGCUUUUGUUCCAAAAUAAAAAGAUAUCUCAGGUGUGUUUUGUGGAUUAUCUAAAAACUUUCAUGUCCCAGAACUUAGCCUUUACCUGUGAAAUGUUACUACGCCCUUUUUUAUACUAGAUCUAUAUUAGAUCAAGUAGUUGCAUAGCUGUAUGUAUUACUUUGUAUGUUUUUAGCUAUAACACAACUUCGUGAUUAAAAAGAUAUACUUUAGUAGGUGGUUAUAACUCAAGAAUAACUAUGUAACCAUUUGUUAUUUUUGUACUUUGUCAUGUAUGCUUUUAGCAUGAACAUAGCAGCUACAUGUACAUGGUUAUAACCAAAAUAGAUUUUGAGGCUACAAAAUAUAUGUUUGAUAUAUCAAAUUUUUAAAAAAAUCUAUACUUGUGUUUAUAUAUAGUGGGACACUGUUGCCAAAAUAAUAAAGUCACAUUUAUAAUUUGAUGAAGUUUCAUUUUACAUUGCAGCAAAUACAGUGUAAUGCAUCCAUUUAUUUCUACUAUUACUGUGUAUUCUUGAACUAAAAUAUUGCAUCAUAGCAUUGAUUCUCUUGUGUUUUUCAAGUGUGACUAACAGGUUUUCAUGCCACUGUGUGAGAUGCGUUUCUCUCAAACCCUGUUACAACCUCUGCAUGUCACCCAUUUUAUAUGUGGGGAAAAAAAGUAAAAAUAAAUUGUAUUGUAAACCUUUUA